CUUCACUAACUACUUUGUCAUGUCUGGGUGGUCCAACGGUCUCUGCGAUUGCUUCAGCGACUGCGGUCUGUGCUUCAAGACCAUGUGCUGCGGCCCGUGCCAGCUGGCUAAGGCUCGUGCUGCCCUUGCCGGGCACGAGUGCGGCAUCGGUGACCUGAUCCCGUCGCUGUGCUGCUACAUGUGCUGCUCCAUGCAGACCCGCUCUGACGUCCGCCAGAAGUACGGCAUUGACGGCUCGAUUGUCACCGACUGUCUUUUCACCCUCUGCCUCAACCUCUGCUCGAGCGUCCAGGUCUACCGCGAGCUCGAGGGCCGUGGCGAGCCUGUCGUCCUCUGCGCCGACAAGUAAGCUGCCGGCAUAUGGAGUUUGUGGCGUGCGCGCGUGCUGGACGCACCGAUGUGAUUCAAUAAACUGGCGACGCCUACAG